GCUUCUCUUAGAUACGCAGUAUCCUAACCAUCGACUGCAAUAUGAGCGCAGGCGUCGGUCGCAUAGUCCUCGGCCUGCACGGCUCGGAGGCGGUCUUCUCUGAGAUGUCUUCUGCUUAUCCAUUGAAACUGCUGUCUCCUCGGAUCGAGCAACAGAACGUAUCCGUCGUGUACAUCCUCAGUUAUGGUGGUGGGCUGGUGGGGGGAGAUCGGAUCGAGCUUGGUGUCGAGGUGCAAGAGGGUGCGGUUCUCGUCAUGUUGUCUCAGGGAUCGACAAAAGUCUUCAAGAGUCGACCAGGACAGCGACUCUCUGACGUCUCGCAAGGGACAUCGUCAGACGCCAUCACGACCCAAAUCAUGGAUGUCACAAUCGAUUACCGGGGGAUGCUUUUUCUUCUCCCAGAUCCCGUUACGUGCUUCGCCUCGGCGCGAUACAAUCAAAUACAAACGUUCCGACUGAAAGGCGCCGCUAACGCCGUAGUGCUGGACUGGAUCACCUCUGGGAGACGGUCUCUUGGCGAGGAAUGGGACUUCUCGCGGUACUAUAGCGUCAACGAGAUCUGGUCCAACGACGAGCGCGUUGCCAAAGACAUUACGCUGCUCGAGGAGCAGGAGCCGGCCGACCCACCACUGUCUCAGCGCACACUCGCCGACACACUGGCACCGUACUCCUGUUAUGCGACUCUUCUCAUGUAUGGUCCCCUGGUGCAGAGCACAAUUCGGCCGAUCUCUGGGGAGUAUGCAAACAUAUCGGUCUUCAAGCACUCGACGCCGCCGGAUCUGCUUUGGUCCUUCAGUUUGGUACGCGAGGGGAGAGGGUGUGUGGUCCGAAUAGCAGCGAAGGAGACCGAGGACGUGAGGAACUGGCUUGGCGAGAGGCUGAGGCCGCUUGAACGGAUAUUGGGCAGCGAUGUCUAUCACCAGGCGUUCGGCUAAUCCAACACCGUAUUUGAAUUCGG